AUGAGGCAGUACUGUAUAUAUGUACAAAUUAGAAAGUAUUGGUCUCAGAGGCUUGGAAUUGCCAUUCCAAAGUUAGUACCACAAAGGAUGGCAUCAAGUGAGUCUACACAAUUUCAGGCAAAAUUGAAAAAGAUUGGAGCUGUAGUCACAAGAGCAGGAACGUACAAAGGAAACCCAAUUGUUGCAAUUCUUGGCUGGAACAGUGCUCUGGACAAACAUCUGGUAAAGUACAGUGAAAUAUUUGAAAACAAGGGCUUUGAUACCAUCAGAUUAUCUGCAAAUCCAUUUAACACGUUUAUACUACUGAGCAGAGUCAAGGAUGUUAGUCUGAAACUGCUCAAUAUACUCAUUGAAAUGAAAUCUGAUCCAAACCAGCCUGUCAUUCUUUACUCCCUUAGCAUGGGAGGUUUUAAUGUGUAUUACUUUAUCCAUCAAGCUAUUUCAACUCCAGGACAGAAAUAUUUCAAAUCCAUAAAUGUAGUGGGUUGUAUAUUUGACAGCUGUCCUCAUUUUCCUGGUGCCCAUAGUUUAAAAGGUGUCCGGUCAACAAUUCUAGAAACCAUUCCAAAUCCUUUGCUGAAGGAGCUCAUGUGGGUUGGGCUGGGUAUUGUAGUUCCCCCAGCAUUUCACUUUGGUCCAUAUAUAAAGCGACUUAUACCAGACUCUAUACACUCACCCAUGGGUUGUCCUGAAUUAUAUCUGUAUAGUAAUGUUGAUCACUUAGUCCCAGAGAAGAAUGUGGAGACAUUCAUCAAAGCACACAAGAAUAAAGAUGUUGAGGUAUUUUCAAGGCUUUGGGAGGGCUCAGGUCAUGUACAACAUUAUAAGAAUUACCCUGAAGAAUAUCUCAAAGAGGUAAAUACUUUUACUGACUACUGCUUGAGAAAGCAUGCCUUAAAAUCCAGGCUGUAA